AUGCGCCCGCGAUGCUCGCCCGCCCGUGCACUUGAAGAGCUUCGGACAUUUGCCCAUGCGAAGCGCCGGCCUCACGCCAGACCAUGCCUCCCGCUUCCAACGCCAUUGACACACCCAUGGCGGUUGCACUUUUCCUCCACCGCCCGAAAUGAAGGUAGAAAUAUCGCGGUGAUCGGCGGCGGGAUUACGGGUCUCACGACGGCUCACCAUCUCGCCAAAGACCCGACAAUCAAUGUCACGGUCUGGGAGCGGUCGGAUCGGUUAGGCGGACACCUUAAUUCUGAAAAGAUUGAUGUGGGAGAUGGGCAUAUUGUUUUCGAUUACGGGCCUCGCACCUUUCAAGCGAAUGCGAAGGCCUUCUCUACGCUUGACUUGAUAAUAGACCUUGGUCUUUCGGAGCAGAUAAUUCUUACUAGCAUUCACGAUGCAGCUUCGCGGAACCGCUACAUAUACUACCCUGACCAUCUUGUUCGCCUGCCUGGCCCACAACCGGGAGGAGGCCUGCUCGUGAACAUCAUUUCCAACGUUAUAAGUCUCUUUACAGAACCGCUGCUGAAGGGUCUACCUUGGGCGAUUGCGGCUGAGUCGUUCAAACCCAAAAGGAGCGCAAAACUUGAAGAUGAAUCUAUUGGCGAUUUUAUGACCAGGAGGCUAGGGAGCGCUAUUACGGACAAUAUUGUCUCUGCAGUCCUCCAUGGUAUCUAUGGAGGUGACAUUUAUAAACUUAGCGCGAAAACAAUACUCCCAGCUUGGUGGCAACUGGAGCUGAAAGGCAGAGGGGGCGUUUUUCUACCGUUGUUAUCCCCUAAGAGGAAUGUACGUGUCGCAUAUGACAUUUACCGUGAACUUCAACUACUCAGCGAGGAAAAGGGUGUGACCUACCCGCGCGAGCUCCUAUCUCGCGUGAGCGGUGCUAGUGUAUUUGCCUUGAAAGCGGGAAUGGGUCAGCUGGUUGAUGGGUUGACCAGGUCGCUUUCCGCUUCACCUAAUGUGAAGAUACAGACUGGCUUGGGGAUUAAAGAGCUAAAGCUCAACGAUUCUCGAUGGCAGGUUAAAGCGAGCGACAAUCGGCAAAUUACCUAUGAUGAGAUCGUUUCCACAACGUCUCCCCAUGAGCUACAUCGGCAGCUAGCUCCCACGCUCAGACGCACAGAUGCCUUCAGAGACCUUCAAGGCCAUAACUAUGCCGUUAGUGUCAUGAUCGUCAAUCUUUUCUUCAAAUCUCCGAAUUUAGUUCCCGUCAAUGGGUUUGGCUAUCUGAUCCCUCAGUCUGUAGCCCUGGAACAGAACCCAGAACGCGCCUUGGGAGUCGUAUUCAUGUCCUGUUGCAACGUGGAGCAAGACACGGCACAAGGCACCAAGUUAACCGUUAUGCUGGGAGGUCACUGUAUACCGUGGGACACACUUCCCGCAUGA